AAAAAGAAGGCCCACACCGCCACACGUCUCUGUGGCGUCGACUUCACUUUCCUAUUCCAAAACCGGUCGUCUCGGUGCUCCUUGUUGGCGUAAAGAAUGUGCUGAGAAGGAGUCGAUCGGCAUCGUCUUUCUGAUCGGUCCAGCAAGAACCCUCAUUCAAAUUGGGAAAUUAAAAGGAAAAUUUAAUCAAGAGAUGGCUUCUACGGAGGGUCUCGUACCAAUAACCAGGAGUUAUCUGGCUUCUUAUUACGACAAAUACCCAUUUCCACCCCUCUCUGAUGAUGUCUCUCGCCUUUCGUCUGAGAUUCGCUCGAUGGCUGACGAUUUGCUCAACCACCUUCCUCCCACUCAAGAUGAAAGCUUGCUGAUAGAUGAAGCAGACCGUCAGCCUCCGCAUAAAAUUGAUGAGAACAUGUGGAAGAAUCGAGAACACAUUGAGGAAAUUCUUUUUUUACUUGAAACAUCUCAUUGGCCCGCAGUGCUUCGGCAACAGUCAACACCUGAUGUUGCUGACCUUGCUACUAAUUUCAGGCAGCUUAAAGAUAAACUUCAAUACACUUUGAAGUUUUUGGAGUUCUUCCAAUCUAAGAAUUCGGAUCAUGUGUUUAAUACAGUCAUGACCUACAUGCCUCAAGAUUUUCGGGGAACACUUAUUAGACAACAACGGGAGCGCUCGGAGAGAACUAAGCAAGCAGACGUUGACGCUUUGGUUAAUUCUGGUGGAAGUAUACGUGAUCGAUAUGCUCUUCUAUGGAAACAACAAAUGGAAAGGAGGAGACAAUUAGCUCAACUUGGUUCUGCCUCAGGUGUCUACAAAACCCUUGUGAAAUACUUGGUUGGAGUUCCAGAGGUUUUGCUUGAUUUUAUUCGGCAAAUAAAUGAUGAUGAAGGGCCUAUGGAUGAGCAACGACAACGAUAUGGACCACCAUUAUACAGCCUUACAACAAUGGUGAUUUCUAUUCGACUCUUUCUUUUGGUAUUAUGGGGGCGUUUUGAUGCUGGAAAUUCAAAGGGGCAACAAGUUGCUUUCUUGGAACAAGCUAUUGAUGUCUACACCACUGAGUUUGAAAGGUUCAUCAAAUUCAUGGGUGGGGUUUUUGCAAAUUCACCAUUCUUAAUAUCAGCAGAGGUUGCCGGUGCAUUAGAUGCAAGGAAAAGUGACGAAUACAAAGAGAUAAGUGUUCCGGCUGGGAAAACUUAUGAGGUUUCUUUGACAGUGGACUCGAUAAACUCAUACAUUGCUUGGGAUUUCUCAUUGGUGCAAGGCAAGAUGAACAUGGAUAUUGGAUUCACUGUGGAGUUUACAAAUUCUUCUGGGGAAAAAACUCUGAUAUUACCUUCCCGGCGUUAUGAGUCAGACCAAGGAAACUUCUGCGCAUGUAUGGUGGGAAACUAUAAGUUGAUUUGGGACAAUUCGUAUUCGACCUUUUUUAAGAAGGUACUUCGUUAUAAGGUGGAUUGCAUACCUCCAGUUGCAGAGCCAGUGCAGUCUGUAACUGAAGUGGAAGGACGAGAAGAUCCCUUCUUGGACGUAGCAUAAUCCUUGAUAUUGAUGCUUCUUAAUGAUUUUUCGCAUUCAUAUGUAUUAUUAUUAUUAUUAUUAUCAUCAUCAUUUUGUAUUUUUUAAUUGCAUCUCCUGAGGAUUGCCAUUACUUGCCAUCGUCGGGAUUUGCUACAGUUGAUUGGGAGCAGAAUCCUACAAGUGUAACAUAAUGUGUAUCUUGGCAAGGCGUCAAAAUUGAAGCUUAUUGUAAUAUCACGACAUGUCGAUCUAA